AUGUAGGCAGUGAGAAAAAUUGUUAGAACUCCCAUGAGUGUUUUCGACUAGUACAGAAGUCUCUGUUUCACCUCUCCAAGACUGAUGAACUUCUAUAUGCUUUAUGCAAGCUUUUUCUUCGCUCUGUUUUUGGGUAAGGGCUACGAAAAGAUUGUGUUCCAGGGAAAGCAUGUUGAGCACGAGAGAGAUAGAAGAUUUAGAAGAUUUUUCAUUCCAUAUUCACUUGUGUCCUACAAAUGGAGAUUCCCUGUCAACCAGUGA